AUGCAAACAAGUCCUGAUGGAAAUUUCAAUUUUAUUUUAGUUUAUCAGGAUCAUCUCACUAAAUUCAUACAACUACGUCCUUUACAAAGUAAAACUGCUGAGGAAGUAUCAAAGAUACUCCUUGACAUAUUUUGUAUAUUUGGAUCACCCUCAAUACUCCAGUCUGACAAUGGAAGGGAAUUCCCUAAUCAAGUUGUGGAAAGUUUGACGCAAAUGUGGCCAGGUCUGAAAAUUAUGCACGGGAAACCUCGCCACAGCCAGUCACAGGGCAGUGUCGAACGUGCCAAUCAAAACGUUCAAAUUAUGCUGAUGACUUGGAUGAAAGACGAAAACUGCGAAAAGUGGUCAGAAGGGUUUAGAUUUGUCCAACUUAUGAAAAAUAGAGCCUAUGAUCACGGAAUUAAAAGGUCACCUUACCAGGCUAUGUUCGGUUGUGACGUAAAAGUGGACCUAAGAUCUUCAGCACUUCCAACUGAGACAAUCGAAAAUAUAGAGAACGUGAAGACUUGGAACAAAUUCUUAAGAUGUUAG